UGUGUGCGUUAAACGCGAGUUAAACGCGUAGCUGUUAUGACUCAAAAUGGCGCGUGUAGGAUGGUUUUGUUUUCAGUUGGAAGAGGGGGAAAUUAUGGCCGCAAGGCGCCAUGUUUAUGUCUGGCUUCGUGUGCUGCUGAAAUACGAGGAAAUCUCUGUGGUGCUUGUGACUGAACGCGCGCGGGGGGUUGCAUGCAGGCUCCAUUGCGCGUUCAUGCACGCCUUGCUUUCAAAUGCUUGAUCUUCGAGCGUUUCCUGUCAUGCACGGUGGAUUAAAUGCAUUUUGUGCUGUUUUUAAAUGAUGCACACUCGUUUUUUGGCGCUCGCUUGUGUGUUGCGUUCAUUUCCAGUCGCGCAUCUUGUCGCAGUCCUUCGCAAAUUAAAGGGGGCGAGCACGUCCCUGUGCCGUGGCCAAUGAAGAAUAAAGACGAUGGAUGAGGAGGUGACCAGGCUUGCUCUCCGCUCUCAGGAGCCGAAGAUUAUACUGCAUGGCUCAGAUGAAGGAGGCGCAGGUGAUGACGAGGAGGAGGAGUAUGUGGUUGAGCUGCAGGAGACGGUGCUGGUGUCCGAGGUGGAGGGUGAGGGAGCGUCCGUUCAGGGUUUCUCCUCAGACGAGCUCGUCAUUCAGGACGCAGUGGAGGAUGUGGUGGCCGAGUACGUGCACUGUGAUGAUGACGAGGGCGUCGCCGUGGAGACCUGUGUGAUGUCACUAGAGGGUGAGGAGGAGGAGGAUGGGGUCGCCAUGGCGGAGAUGACGGAGGAUGUGCUGGUGGAGGGGAGAGAGCAGGAGCACGACUCUGACAGCUGCGGAGACUACCUGAUGAUUUCCUUGGACGAUGCGGGUAAGAUGGUGUCAGGAGACGGAGACGAGGUGACGGUGGAGGGAGCCAUUGAUGAUCAGGAGGUGGAAAAGGAUGAAGAUGGACAGGAGGUUAUUAAAGUUUACAUCUUUAAAGCAGAUUCGGGAGAGGAUGAUCUUGGAGAAACCGUAGAUCUGGGCGAGAACGAGACUGUGGCUCUGGCCGAGCCUGUGGUUCGUCCUCUGAGAGAGAAGAUCUACAUGUCUGUGGGAGAUGGUCAUCACACACAGACUGACGGAGGCUCUAAGCUGUCGGAUGAAGUUUACAUGGAGGUUGUGGUUGGAGGUGAGGAGCCGGUUCCUCAUGACCGGCCGUAUGACAGCACUGCACUCAGCAAAGACUUCAUGCCUGUGGCCUGGGCCGCCGCUUAUGCAGGAGCAGAUGAAGGCUGUGAGAACCGUAAUGGAGCAGCGAGCGCUUUACUGCACAUCGACGAGUCGGAUGCACUGGAUAAACUCAACCGGCAACACGGCAAGAACAGGAGACGAGCUGAACCUCGACAGGUCCAGACAGCGAUCAUCAUCGGCCCGUAUGGACAGCCUCUGACCGUCUAUCCCUGCAUGCUCUGUGGCAAGAAAUUCAAGUCCCGCGGCUUCCUGAAGCGGCACACGCGCAACCACCACCAGGACGUGUUGACCCGCAAGAAGUACCAGUGCACCGACUGCGACUUCACCACCAACAAGAAAGCCAGUCUGCACAACCACAUGGAGGUGCACGCGCUCAGCAACAAAGCCCCGUUCGAGUGUGAGACCUGCGGGAAAGAGUUCCACCAGCAGGCGGCGCUGUUCUCACAUCGACUCCAGCACCAUCAUCGUGAGCAGAAAACCCCCACCGCCAUCGCAUCUCCGCUUCCUCCGGCCACCGCAAACAAGACACACAAGUGCAAGUUUUGCGAUUACGAAACUGCAGAGCAAGGUUUGCUCAAUCGCCACCUGCUGGCCGUUCAUAGUAAGAGCUUCCCACAUAUUUGCGUCGAGUGUGGAAAAGGUUUCCGACAUCCGUCGGAGCUCAAAAAACACAUGCGAACGCACACCGGCGAAAAGCCGUACUCGUGCAUGUAUUGUGACUACAAAUCGGCGGAUUCGUCUAAUCUGAAGACGCACGUAAAAACCAAGCACAGCCGCGAGCUGCCGUUUCGCUGCGAACGCUGUGGGCAAACAUUUGCAGAGGAGGAGGAGCUAACGCAACACGCUACAACACACGACGAUGCACGCGGGCACCAAUGCAGCCACUGCGAUCAUCGCAGCUCCAACUCCAGCGAUCUAAAACGCCACAUCAUUUCCGUGCACACUAAAGACUACCCGCAUAAAUGUGCAGUCUGCGCGAAAGGCUUCCACCGGCCGUCCGAGCUCAAAAAACACUCCGCCUCGCACAAAGCCAAGAAAAUGCACCAGUGCCGCCACUGCAACUUUAAAAUUUCGGAUCCGUUCGUACUCAGUCGCCAUAUCUUAUCCGUUCACACCAAGGAGCCGCAGCAAACGGCGCAGCAGCAGCAACAAACCCCACCCACAUCACCACAACAAGCCCCGCCCACGGAAAAGAGCCCCGCCCCUAAGAGGACUAUAGGAGCUGCGCAGUUAGCAGCGCCCGCGGUUAAGAAAGCCGGCGGUGCGAAGGGUCAGCGCGAGAGACGUGUGUAUCAAUGUCAGUACUGCGAUUACAGCACGGGCGAUGCGUCUGGAUUCAAGAGACACGUUAUUUCCAUCCACACGAAAGACUAUCCGCACCGCUGUCAGUACUGCUCCAAGGGCUUCCGGAGGCCUUCGGAGAAAAACCAGCACAUUAUGAGACACCAUAAAGACAUGGUGCCGGCAGAAUGAGCAGAUCUGAUCCUCGUUUUUUUUUUUCCACUCACUUCCAGAAAGACACUAAACCGCCAGUGAUCUGACAUCUCCAUCACUCAUCAUCACUCAGCUUCUCUUCGUGUGUGUGUGUGUGUGUUGUGUCUGUCUGUAUGUGUGUGUGUGUGUGCACAUGCUCAGUGCUUAAUGAUCACAUGCUCUCCAGUCUUAAAGGAACAGCACGUCCUGAAAUGUAGGUGAUCGUCAUUUAUUCGCCCUCAUGUUGUUUACUUCCUACCAAGACACAUAAAAGGAAACUUUAAGUUAGAUUUUUUUCACAUUAUAAAUUUAAAAAUACAAUUUAUUAAUUAAAUAAUUCUAUAAAUAUGUAAUAUAUGCAAUAUUUUUAUACAUCAUCAGAUUUUUGAAGUCUGUGUGUAUAUAUAUAUAUACAUGUCUACAUAUAU